GGUGCAGUAGCGGUGGUGGUUGUGAUAUGCGUUGGCUUCUUGUUGGUUUUGUUGGUGAUUGGAGUGCUGAAGAUGCGUGAUACACCACUUCCGAGAAAGAGACGCAAUAGGAAGAAUCAGGAUGGCACAAUGGAAUGGGAUGAUAGCGGAAUGAACAUAACGGUGAAUCCAUUGGAAGAAGUCGAAAAGAAUGCUGAUUAUUCUGAGGAUGAUGAGGAAAGUUCUGAUGGAGGCGAGAGUUAUCGGGAAGAAGAUGAACUUACUGAGGACGAAGAGGAAGCCGAGCAUGUGCUACCGCAUGUUCAAAAUGCUGGUACGAACUCAAAAACUCUUAAGAUGCUUUGA